AUGGGAGCACGAAAGAAAGAAGCAUCCCGUCGUGAGCGGCAGGGUGUUUCAACAGAUGGCAUGGCCAACGUAAAGGUCAAAGGCGAGAAUUUCUAUCGCAAUGCCAAAAAGCUGAAGACUUUGAAUAUGCUCAAAGACGGUAAAGCGCAGCGAAACGCCGAAGGGAAAAUCACAAAAGCCGCCUCCUACCAGUCCCGCGAACUCCCCAAAGCACGAGUCGAGCCGAAUCGGAAGUGGUUUGGCAACACGAGAGUUAUAUCACAAGACGCUCUGGAUUCGUUUCGACAGGCCGUGGCCGAGAGAGCGGCAGAUCCGUAUCAGGUCCUUCUCAAGACGAAUAAAUUGCCCAUGAGCUUGAUUCGGGACGCGGAGAAUACCAGGAACGGGAUCAAGCAGCACCAGGCCAAAAUAGCCGUCGAGUCCGCCCCAUUUGCGGACACUUUCGGUCCUAAAUCGCAGCGCAAGAGGGUGAAGUUGAGUGCCGCUUCAGUGGCCGACCUGGCGGGCGAGUCUGUCAAGAUGCACGACGAUUAUCUUGAAAGACUGGAAGAAAACAAGCUCCUGAGCGGCCAAACCGCCGAACAGAUGCAAGGGCAGGAAGACGGUGAGCUCACCACGGCUCGCGAGCCGAUCUUCUCAAAGGGCCAGAGCAAGCGCAUCUGGAACGAGCUGUACAAAGUCAUGGACUCCUCCGACGUGAUCAUCCAUGUUCUGGACGCAAGAGACCCUGAGGGCACCAGAUGCCGGAGUGUCGAAAAGUACAUCCGUGAAGAGGUGCCGCACAAGCACCUGGUGUUCGUGCUCAACAAGUGCGAUCUGGUGCCGACUAGCAUUGCGGCCCGGUGGGUUCGACUCCUGUCGAAAGAAUAUCCGACCUUAGCAUUCCAUGCUUCGAUGACCAAUUCGUUCGGCAAAGGGUCGCUAAUUACCUUGCUCCGCCAAUUCUCGACGCUCCAUGCUUCGAGGAAACAAAUCUCCGUCGGCUUCAUCGGGUACCCCAACACGGGGAAAUCCAGCAUCAUCAACACCCUCCGCAAGAAACGCGUCUGUACGGUGGCGCCUAUACCUGGCGAGACAAAAGUCUGGCAAUACAUCACCCUCAUGAAGAGGAUCUAUCUGAUCGAUUGCCCUGGAGUGGUGCCGCCCAGCCAGGGCGACAGCGAACAAGAUAUCCUGCUCAGGGGUGUCGUGCGCGUGGAGAACGUAGAGCAUCCGGCCCAGUACGUCGAGGCCGUCCUGCGACGGACGCAGACAAAACACAUCGAGCGGACGUACGAGCUCAAAGCCGCGGAAUAUAACGACAACGCGAUGGAGUUUCUCAGCAUAUUGGCCCGAAAGGGUGGCAGAUUACUGAAAGGCGGAGAACCAGACGUUGACGGCGUCGCGAAGAUGGUGCUGAACGACUUUCUGAGGGGCAAGAUUCCGUGGUUCACUGCACCGCCCAAGAGGGAGGGUGUCGAAGACGUGGAUGCCGACGCGGCAACGCAGAUCGUCGAAGGCCGAGAAGGCCGCCUCGGCGAGAUGCCUGGGAAGCGGAAGGCCGAUGCUCUGGCAACUAUGGAUACGGGUGCUGAGGCGGCAGCAGCAGCAGCGGUCGAUGAGAAAUCGAUCCCUACAAGUGACCACGCAGGGGACGAAAGUGUCGACCAAGAUGGAGAAGCUACCACCGCUGAUGAUGACUUCGAAAAGUUUGACGAAGACGAAGAAGAUGAUGAUGACGACGACGCGGAUGAUUCUGACAGUCAAGCCGAUGACGGCGGAACUCAGCUGUGA